AUGGGGGAUGAAUUGGUGGAGUUCAAGAUUGGCAAAGUGGUCUGUGGUAAAUGGAAAGUCAUGGAAAAGCUUGGGGCUGGGGGAUGUGGGGCUGUUUACGAAGUGGCGGAACCUAACCGGCUUAGAUAUCGUGCAGCUUUGAAGGUGUGGUAAUCAUUUUUAACUUUAAUUUUUUUUUCAAUUUUUGGUUUAAAAAUGAUUUUUGGAUUUUUAAGUUGUUCAAAUAAUUCUGAGCUACCAAUUAAAGCAAAUGCUGAGGCUCAGAUUUAUUUGAACAACCAAAAUCUGCAAGCUCGGCAUUUUAUAUUGUAGUACCUUUCAUAAAUCAAAAGAAACUUGGUUUUAAUGCCAUUUUAAAACAUAACCAACAUCCUCUUCAGGUCGAGUCAAACAAUAUCGAAGACGGUGGAGUUCUAAAGCUUGAAGCUGAAGUUUUAACCAAGUUGGCUUCACGAAAGAAGUGUAUCCGCCUUCUGAAUUUGGGAAAACGAAAAUCCUACUCAUUCAUCGUCAUGACACUUUGUGGCCCUGAUCUUAUGUUUCUGAAACGAGUCGAUACUGAUAAGAAAUCCAUGUUUAAGCACAUUGACAACCGGUUUUCGCCCGAAACGGCAGUCAGAAUCGGGGUACACGCGUUGUAUGCCAUCAAACAGGUAGGCUUGAUUCAAAAGUUGAAAGUUUAUUUUUGUUAUCUAGAUUUUAAAAAAAAUUUUUUUUUAUUUUUUUUUUUUUAUUUUUGUUACUUAAAGUUAUAUAUUUUUCAUUUUUGUUGCCUAAAAUUGCAUUUUUUCUGUUUCUGUUAUCUAAAAUUUUAUUUUUUUCUACUUUUGUUAUUUAAAAAUUUUUUUUUUAAUUUUGUUAUCUAAAAAACUUUUAUUUUUUUUCCUUUUUGUUGCCUAAAAUCUCAUUUUUUCAGUUUUGUUACUUAAAAUUGCAUUUUUUCUGUUACUUAAAGUAUCAUUUUUUCUUCCUUUUUACCAAAAAUUUCAUUUUUUUUUAUUUUUGUAGCCUACAAUUUAAUUUUUUCGAUUUUUUUUUAUUUAAUUAAAAUUUUUAAAAAUAUUUCCUUUAUUACAAUAUCAAAGAACCCGUUUCCAGCUCCACGAAAUUGGCUACGUACAUCGUGACGUGAAGCCAGGCAACAUGGUAAUCGGUGUCAGCGGCUACGACACUCGUGUCAUCUUCAUGAUCGACUACGGAAUGGUGCGCUCUUUUGCCACGCUAGGACCGGGUGGUAAAUGGCAGUUACGGAAAGCCAGAAACAAGGUGCUACUGAGAGGCACACUUCGCUAUUGCUCAUUGCAAGUUCACGAACGUCGCGAGCAGGGUCGAGUCGACGAUCUGUGGUCACUGAUGUACAUGUUGGUGGAGUUGUUAGUUGGUCUGCCGUGGUCGAAGGAGACGGAAGAGGCACCAUUAAAGGACAUUAAGCAGAGUACCACUUGUGACAAGUUGUUUGACAAGUGCCCUCAGGAGUUUAACAAGAUUACCGACCAUUUGAAGGAGUUAAAGUACGAAAAUCGACCGAAUUAUCGACUAAUCUAUGAUUGUGUGAGUUUGGUUUUGUUGUUAUUAGCUCAAUAUUUUUCACACAAGAUUUUCAUUUUGUGCUCUUUGUGACCUUAGUUAAUAUGUUUCCGUUCCCUUAGGCUUGAGGUUGGUAUUUUACAUAUAUUUUAUAAUGAUCAGCUUUAUAUGGGUCUAAAAAGGCUUAUGUUAAUAUUUUUCAGUUUAUUGAGUCAAUGAAAAGAAUGAAGGUAACGUUCUCUAUGCCGUACGAUUGGGAAGAGAAGGUGGAUACUGCUGACUUUUCCGCUCUGAGCAUUUCAGAAGGAAGAAACGACAAAAACAACAAGAAACCAACACGUAAGCCUAAAAUUUAAUCAAAAUUAAAAAUUUUUUGGUAUUUUUCAGCUUGAUGCAAAAAGAAUGGCAUUUUGUCAACUUUUGACGUUGAUGAAUGCCAUUUUCAGUCAAAAUAAUGUUUAAAAAAGUAUUUUUAAGCAUACAGCUAACUAAUCGAUAUUAUUUUAGCUGAAGAAUACGAAUGGAAGUGCUACCCCACCACCGAUCCUAAGGCAUUCGCCGAAAAAGUGAUUAAUCUCUGA